UCGUUCGCGAAGACCUCCGCGAACUUUUACUCGUUCGUGGUAAUUCCGUCUUGUCUUUUCAGUCGGAAUUUCGAGAGAAGUUCGGAUUGAUCUUCAUCUACGACAAGUGUUGAAUCAAUUGUAACGAAUUUAACAAUGUUCCGUCAAUUGUUGAGACCGGUCUUCCGGAAUGUUACUCGACGAGGCACUCGUCAAUAUCACGAUGAAGCAGCCAAUUACAAACCCGGAACCAUGGAUGAACUUCCAAUUCCUCAAGGAUCCUGGCAACAGCAAUAUGAUUCCAAACAAACCUUGUACAAUAUGCAACUUGCUUUUGGCAUCUUGUAUGCAGUAGGCUCUAUUUACUAUAUCACCCAAAGUGGCGUAAUCUUCUUCAACUGCUGGCCUCCGGUACCAAAAGACGAGCAAAAGUGAAGGAUGUCAAUAUGAUUUGAAACUAUGUAUAAUUUAGUGUCAAGGAGUUGAUAAGCAAAAAUCUAUCAUUGAUUGUAACGUGGAAUAUUUCUCGUUGUAAUUAAAACUGCAUAGAGAACAAUGAAA